AUGGCCGCCACAAAAUCCGCAGCCUCCAUCGCAACCACCACAGCGAAAGCCCUACUCAGGGCCACCGAACGCAAGCCAAAAAUAACCCGCACUGGCCCCACAACUGCCUCACCGCCCAUCCAACUCCAACUGCACGACUACUGCUUCUAUUAUGACACAGCGCCCCCAACCCAACAACAACUCCAAUAUGGCGCGGACCUGUUCAGAGCCUCCAACCACUCACCCAUACAGAUGUGGACGGCCAGCGAAUUCCGCACGAUCCCCAUGUCCGAUGUGCCCGAGGUGGUGUUCCUGGGUAGGUCGAACGUGGGCAAAUCAUCCCUGCUGAAUGCGAUUAUGGAGAAGGGCCUCUGUUUCACGUCGUCGAAGGUCGGGCGGACAAGGACACUGAAUGCGUACGGGAUCGGGGGCCGGAAAGAUGGGGAGGCGAGGGUUGUUCUUGUUGAUACGCCUGGCUACGGUAAGGGGAGCCAUGAGGAGUGGGGGGAGGUGAUUAUGAAGUAUUUGACGAAGCGGAGGCAGCUUCGCCGCACAUUUGUCCUCCUCGACUCCCACCACGGCAUAAAACCCGCCGACGCGGCCAUCCUCUCCCUCCUCCGCUCCGCGGCCGUCCCACACCAAGUAAUCCUCUCAAAGGUAGACUCGGUCCUCAUCAAAGGCGGGCUGAAAAAGGGUGCCCGUGGCCUCCGUCCCGAACGCAUAGAGGAGCUUGGCCGCUUCGCUGGCGGGAUCCGCGCAAAGGUGCAGCCUGUCAGGAACGUGACUGUGAGUAAUAGUCAAAAGAAGAAGAUAGAGAGGCGGCCGAAUAGGAAUAUUUAUGAUGAUAAUAAUAAUGAUGAUGCUGUGGGUGGCGGUGAUGGUAACAAGCUGCCCGCGGAGCCUGCUGGGAUGGAGCUGGGGAUUCCGGCGCUCGGGGAAAUCUUAACCUGUUCGACUAAGAUGAAGAGUGGAGAGGGGAUUUUGGGGGUUGAUGCGAUUCGGUGGUCGAUUCUUAGGGCGGCUGGAUUGGGGAUUGACAUUGGGGAAAAGGGGAACGGGGUUGGUAUGGGCAUUGCGGAGAGGGGCGGUGAAGAACUGGGUGGUUAG